AUGGACCAAGAAAUGAUGGACACCUUCACCUUCACCAUCACCUCCUCGGCCUCCUCCUCAUCCUCCUCCCCGAGCAGGCCUAGCCGGUACGAGAACCAGAAGCGGCGCGACUGGAACACCUUCUGCCAGUACCUCGGCGCUCACCGCCCCCCGCUCUCCGUAGCCCAGUGCCAGGGCUCCCACGUGGUCGACUUCCUUAGGUACCUCGACCAGUUCGGGAAGACGAAGGUCCACUUCCCCCACUGCCCCUUCUACGGCCACCCGAAUCCCCCGGCACCUUGCCCCUGCCCACUACGCCAGGCCUGGGGCAGCCUCGACGCCCUCAUCGGUCGACUCCGUGCCGCCUAUGAGGAGAAUGGCGGCGUCCUCACCGAUGCUUCCAAUCCCUUUGGGGCCCGCCUAGUCCGACUCUACCUGCGCGAGGUCCGGGACUCGCAGUCCCUCGCGAGAGGGGUCAGCUACGACAAGAAGAAACGCAAGAGGCCCACAGGCCAUAUGCAUGGGGCUGGGCUUAAUUAA